AUGUCAGUGGAAGAAAUUAACCGAAUGGAACCAAAUGGCUCCACUGCACUUCAUGUAGCUGCAUAUCGAGGACAUGAGAAGAUUGCUGAGUUGUUACUGAAGAAAGGUGCUAAUUAUUUAACAAUGAAUAAAUAUAAUUGUACCCCUCUUGAUGAAGCCAAGACUGAUAGAAUAAAACAGCUAAUUCGUUGUCGCAUAGAUAAGAAUCGCUUUGUCAGUGAUUCCAUCGAAUGGAUUCUUUCAACAAAUGAUGCCGAUUAUCAGUCAUAUGAAUAUUUAAAAAAACUAGAAGCAUAUGGUAAAGAUCCGCGAUUUUAUAAAUUGAUUGUUCAUAUAAGACAAAAUUAUCUUGAAAGAGACUUGCAAGAUGUAGAUGGCAUUGGCACAAUAAAAGAAUAUUUUGAUAAGGCAAUCAAUGAAAGAAAUCCUGAUUAUUUAUUAACUGCAUAUACAGCUGAAACAGGCUUUUAUUCUACGCUCAAUGUUCAUUUAGCACAAUUACAACUUGAAAAUCUAACUUCUCGAGAUAAUCUUAGUCGAGCAUACUAUAUUGGAAUAAUUGCUCGUCAUCCACACUUUGAGACAUUAUCAUACACUGGAGAAGUGUUUCGUGGUAUGCUAAUUACUACUAAUGAUGUAAAGAAAUACAAAGUUGGUACACGUAUUUUAACUAAAACAUUUUUGUCAACAUCAAAGCAAAGGAAUAUAGCAUCAAAUUUUUAUGGAAAAGCUACCAAUUUAGGUGAUCGACUAAGCACAUUAUGCAUAUACGAAAUAAGUAAUAAAAGAACGGCAUUAGAUAUUCAACACAUAUCAUUAUUUCAAUAUGAACAAGAAGUAUUAAUUCUACCAUAUUCAGCAUUUAAAAUAAUCGAUGUUAAAGAAAAUAAUGAACGCUCGCCUCGAGUUGAAAUAAAACUGAAAGAAUGUGACCCAUGGUAG